UUCUUCUUCUAUAUAUCCACAACAUAUGUUACAGAACUUGCUAGGAAAGCCAACCCCAACCCAACAAAAAAAUAAAAAUAAAACAAAGAACAUGGCAGUGUCAACGAGAAAAUCAUUUCACUCCUCCUCCAACUCCCCACUCUAUGGAGUGUACAAGAGAAUUUUACUUGUUUUGAUGGUGGGUUUAUUUUCACUGUUACAUCAAUGGAUUCAACCUCCCCCACCAAGUGUUUGUGGGUCUACAAAUGGCCCCCCUGUUACAUCAACCAGGAUCAAGCUCAAAGAUGGUAGGCACUUAGCCUACAUGGAACAUGGAGUCCGAAAAGAAGAGGCAAAACACAAAAUCAUCUAUGUCCACGGCUUCGACUCUUGCCGAUAUGAUGCGCUCCGUAUUUCCCAAGAAGUUAUUGAAGAACAAGGAAUUCACUUGGUCUCCUUUGAUAGACCGGGGUACGGUGAGAGUGAUCCACACCCAACAAAAACAGUGGAAAGCGCGGCUACAGAUAUCGAAGAACUUGCUGAUCAAUUGAAGCUAGGAUCCAAAUUCCAUGUUAUCGGUUUUUCUAUGGGAGGAGAACUUGUUUGGGGUUGUCUAAGAUACAUCCCCCACAGGCUUGCUGGAGCAGCACUUCUUGCACCUGUCGCCAACUACUGGUGGGACGGUUAUCCACGCGAGGUAUCGAAGGAAGCUUACGCAAAACAGCUUCCGCAAGAUCAGUGGGCAGUUCGAGUCGCUCACUACGCUCCUUGGUUGACGUAUUGGUGGAAUACCCAGAAAAGGUUUCCGUGUUCGAGUGUUAUAUCUCUUCGUUUCGAUAUUUUCUCUACCGAAGACGUGAAGCUCAUGCCCAAAUUCGCCGCUAGAUCAACCUACAUGCCACAAGUGAGGCAACAAGGAGAAUUCGAGUCCGUUCACCGCGACCUGAUGGUCGGGUUCGGAAGCUGGGAAUUCAGCCCGAUGAGCCUAAACAAUCCGUUUCACGAGAACAACAGAUCGGUGCAUCUGUGGCACGGCGCUCAGGAUCGGAUCGUGCCGGUCGCCCUCGCGAGCAAUAUCGCCCAGAAGCUCCCCUGGAUUCGCUACCACGAGCUUCCCGAGGCCGGCCACUUCUUCCCCUUUGCAGAUGGAAUGGCUGAUGCUAUUGUAAAAUCACUACUGCUGGGAGAUUCAUAAACUGUUAAUGUUUCAGGCUUCAUAGCAUACAGUUAUAGGCUGAUCAUGAUGAUCACCGUUUUUUACUAGUUUAACUAGUUAUGUACUAAUGAAUGCCCCCCUAUUUAUGCCUUGGACCACUGGAUUUUUGUCUGAGUUUAA